GCUGGAAGUGGCUUGUACAUCUGCUGGGGAGAUGGUAGUUCUUGCAUGAGAAGCUCCAGUUAUUUCCUAUAGAACUAUUUUUUUCUAAUGUGCUGGAAACUGUAAUAUGGCGAAGCAAGAAGAAAACAGCAAGAGGAAACCUGGUGAACCAAGGAAAUUUGAUCCGAAGUUCAGAGGUCCUAUUCACAACAGGCAUUGUACAGAUGUUCUCUGCUGUAUAAUCUUCAUAGUGGUCAUUCUUGGCUACAUCGUAUUAGGAAUUGUGGCCUGGAUCCAUGGUGACCCCAGAAAAGUGGCUUACCCAACCGACAGCUAUGGACAGUUCUGUGGCCAGAAAGAAACUCCAAAUGAGAACAAGACCAUUUUAUUUUAUUUUAACAUUCUGAAAUGUGCCAGUCCCAUAGUGCUAAUAAACCUACAGUGCCCUACCACACAGCUCUGUGUCUCCAAGUGCCCAGACAGGUUUGCAACCUACAUAGACAUGCAAGCUUCGUACAGAUACAAUAAAAGCUACUGGGAAUACUACAGGCAGUUCUGCAAGCCUGGUUUUAAUAAGCCUUGGAAGUCUGUUGCACAAGUUCUCCGGGACGAAGAUUGCCCAUCGAUGAUCAUUCCAAGCAGGCCUUUUCUAAAAAGAUGUUUCCCUGACUUCUCGACAAAAAAUGGUGUUUUAACAGUAGCAAAUCGAACAACAUUCAAAGAUGGAAAGGGAAAGACAAGGAAUGUCACAGAUCUCAGGGAAGCCGCUAAUGGUAUCAAUAACGUCCUUGAUGCGAGGUCGGUUGGAAUGAAAAUUUUCGAAGAUUAUGCGAGUUCUUGGCAUUGGAUUUUAAUAGGCCUGUUUAUUGCCAUGAUUGUUAGUUUGCUGUUCCUCGUCCUUUUGAGGUUCACGGCUGGUGUGCUUUUCUGGAUCUUCAUCUUUGGUGUGAUUGGAAUCAUAGGAUAUGGAAUCUGGCAUUGUUACUGGGAGUACAACCACCUUUGGGGAAAACCUGGAUCUGACCUCACAAUCUAUGACAUUGGAUUUCAGACCGAUUUCAGAGUCUACCUUCAACUGAGGCAAACAUGGCUAGGAUUUAUGAUAUUACUUUGCAUCGUUGAAGUCAUCAUCAUCCUGAUGCUCAUCUUCCUGAGAAAUCGCAUCCGGAUUGCCAUUGCAUUGCUGAAGGAGGGGAGUAGGGCCAUUGGAUACAUCAUGACUGCGUUAUUCUAUCCAAUUAUUACUUUCAUUCUCAUUGCAAUCUGCAUCUCCUACUGGGCAGUGACGGCGGUUUUCUUGGCUACAUCAGGAGAACCUGUAUAUAAAGUCAUGGCCAAUCAGUGCAAAUACGCAAAUCUGACCUGCAAUCCUGAGACUUUUAAUACAACAAACGUGACGAAACUCUGUGCAGGAGCUCAAUGUACUUUUGCUUUCUACGGGGGAGAAAGCCUGUAUCAUAGAUACAUUUUCAUCUUCCAACUCUGCAAUGCAUUUGUCUUUCUGUGGCUGGUGAACUUCGCAAUUGCAUUGGGUCAGUGUACCCUUGCUGGUGCCUUUGCUUCUUAUUAUUGGGCCUUUAAAAAGCCCGUUGACAUGCCACCGUGUCCACUCUUUUCUUCAUUUGGACGAGCCAUACGCUAUCAUACAGGUUCCCUAGCAUUUGGAUCUUUAAUUCUUGCAAUCGUUCAAAUGAUUAGAGUUGUCCUGGAGUACUUGGACCAUAAACUUAAAGGUACCCAGAAUUCCUUCACUAAGUUCCUGCUGUGCUGCCUCAAAUGCUGUUUCUGGUGUUUGGAAAGGUUCAUAAAGUUUAUAAACAGAAACGCUUAUAUCAUGAUUGCUAUAUAUGGUAAAAACUUCUGCACCUCAGCAAAGGAUGCUUUCUUUCUCUUGAUGAGGAAUGUCGUGAGAGUUGCCGUGCUGGACAAAGUUACUGACUUCUUGUUAUUCCUGGGGAAGAUUCUUGUUGCUGGUGGUGUAGGUGUCCUAGCCUUCUUCUUCUUCACACGUAGAAUACCAUUAUUCACACAAGAAGCACCGUCAUUAAAUUAUUACUGGGUACCUCUGCUAACAGUCAUUAUUGGAUCUUACCUAGUUGCACAUGGGUUCUUCAGCGUCUAUGCAAUGUGUGUUGAUACCCUUUUCCUCUGUUUCUUGGAAGAUUUAGAAAGACACGAUGGCUCUGCAGAAAGACCCUUUUACAUGAGUAAAUCUCUGAGGAAGAUUUUGAACAAGCAAAAUGUACAAACUAAGAAGCAGUAGAAAUACAAACUGUAGUAACCACUCAGUAACGUGUGAUUUUUCUUCUCCUUGCUAUGUAUGUGUGAAACACUUCACUGAGCGCAUUGUGAUGUUCUCAACACUGUAGAUCACUUGUUGGCUUUAUUUGCAUGUUUUAUACCAAAGCUUAUAAUAUGUGAAGCCAUCAGAAGCCGGACGGGAAUCGUUAAAAGCAAAUGGGAACAUUUUUUAUACUAAGAUCUUUCGUUGAUUUGUAAUUAGCUUUUAAUUCUAGUGGCUUGGAUGUUUCGAAUCUAACGGUGAAGAUGCUAGUACUUUUAAAUAGUAGCAAAAAAAAUGACAUUUACGGCAUUUAUAAGUACCGAUUGAUAAAAAUGAAAAAAUCACUUUCCGCAGGAAGACUAUUAGGUUUAAUUAAAAAAAAAAUCUCCACCAACUACCCCACCCACCCCCCGCCCAAGCAAAUUCUACUCUGUGUGCUUCUUCCUGUUGAUAUACAGAAAAUUUCCUUUUAAACAGUUGCUAAUCAUCCAGCCUUUCCUCCUGUGCUCUCUCUCUCUCUCUGACAAAGUGCCUUACUGGCUGUUUAAUAUGACCCAGCUUUUACGGGCAAGUUUACAAAACAUUGUGAAAACCCAAAACUGGAAUGUUUAGGUAUGAAAACAAGUCUUCUUCCAUUUGUUUUAGAAUCAUUGGUGGAAAUUUAGUUGUCUUUUCAAAUACUGUAUUUUCAAUGUCACUAUAUACAAUACAUUAUUAUGUGGCAUAUUACCAGUCCAAUUUCCCUUGCACUUAAUGUACAAUCAUGAAUAUGUACUAUAUGCAAGAAAGAAAGCCUAAAAAGAUACUUGUUUUGUUAAAUAUACAGAAUUAUUGGAUUUUCAGUUGGAAAUGUUGAAAGAUAUGAUGGGUGUAAUAUGGAAUUCAAUAUCAUCAUUAAAUAGAAAGAAAAGGAAACUAGUAGGAUAUCUUUUAUCAGUGGAAAGUAUGAACACAAAUGUCAUGUAUUGUAGAUGCUUCAUUUUAAAAUUCAUUUACUGUCAUAAAAUAGUGUUUUAUAUACAACCUUUCAUUUUCUAACUUUUGAUACAAAAUACCUUGUUCACUUGUAAUAAGGUGUUACUUUUUACUACGCUAGUGCAACCAGGACCAUAAUUUCUUCUUCAAAUACAAGUAAUCUUACUAGUAUUACUAACAUUAAGGAAGUGAGUUUGGUGUGUUAUUUCAUGUUAUCAAAAUGGUCCAUAGAACGUUCAUCCUGAAUAAACACUUGUAAAUCUCAUAACUGUAAUUUAUUAAAGUUUGGAAAAUGAGUACGUUUCACCUAUUAUCCCAUUUAUGUUUAAAUGUAAUUGGAGAAUAUUCUCAUGCCAAAAACAAAUUCACAUGAGCACAUGAAAGUCUGAGCUCUAUAAUCUGUGUGCUUCUGCUGUGCAGAAAUAUUAGGAAUAUAUUGUCUAAAUAUCUUUGAUAACUAAAACGUUUAAUAUUUAAUGAAAUUUGUUGUUACUCAUUGUUUUAAAGCUAUUUGGGUUUUUUCUUCUAAUAAAGAUUUAGAUAAGAAA